GGGGGGAUGGGGAGGGAGGGCACGGGGCAGAUUGAGAAGAGUCAGACUGCGCCGCUCCCGCAGCCGCAUGCGCAUGCGAGUGACGUGGAGAAGGUCGAGAAGGACUUCGGCGAGCUCGGCAUCGCGCCUUCAUCGCACCGCAAGGAAGGCGGGGGUGGAGUCGAGAGGGCGAGCACUGUUGGCGGGAUGGGUGUGAGCGGAGGGCACAGGCGUGCGGCUACGAUUUUGGAUCCGCGGGCUGCGGCGAGCAGGCAUGAGAGGAGGAGCAGCACGGGCGGCGCGUUCCUUGGUGGUGUUGGUGGGACGCUGGGCCGGCAUCGGAGGCCGAGUACGGGGGUUAGUAGUGGUGGGGGCGCGGGGGCGGCGCGGACUGCAAUGGGGCGCAUUGGACGGACGGACGAGGUGGACGAGGAGGAGCACGCGCGGACGGACGUCGAGGAUUUAAGGAGCGCGCCGAAGGAGGAGAAUAAAGACGCGGGGAACGAGACGGAUCGGGAGAUGAAGCCCGUCUUCAUGAAGGGGCUCUUCAGCGUGGCGACGACGACGACGAAGCCGGCCGGCGUGAUCAAAGCGGACAUCCGCCGCGUGCUUGACAGGAUGCAGGUCCAGUACCGCGAGACGCGCACCGGGUUCGAGUGCAUACAUCUGCCGUCUAUCGACGUCUCGUCGCUCGGCGCGCGCGCGGCCGUCGCUGGGCACCGCCCGUCCCACCAGAGCUCAGCCGGUGGGGGAGGUGGGGGCGGGCACAGGAAGAGCACGUCGGCGGAUAGCGCGAGCGCAAGGAAGGUCGGGCGCAAGACGAGCAAGAUGUCGUUUGGCGUGCGCGGGGGACGGCCCGGGACCGCGGGCGAGGAGAUGGUGGACGAGAAGAAGAGCAUGACGAACGGAAACGGGGUGGGGGCGGAGAAGAGCGCUGAGAGGGAGGACGUCGACGUGCGCUCGCCGAGCGCGGGCAGCUCGAGCUUCUUCAACGUCUCGCAGACGAACUCGCAGCAAGGCCCGUCCGCGUCCGACGACCCGUCCACCACCGCGCCCACCACCGCAAACGCCAACCACAGCGUCAACGCAGACGCCACGCCCGUCCAGCCCGCGCGCGACUACGCCUACAUCGAAGACGCCACCGACAACGACGGCGCCGCCACUCCCACCGAAUAUACAGGAGCGAAAACGCUCCCGCCGCUCCCCACGGGCGAAGUGGGCCCCGAGGUGUUCGACGAGAUCGGGCGCAACACGCUGGCGGUGCGGUUUGAAGUUAAUGUGGUGAAGGUGCCGUGGCUGCCGCUGCACGGGCUGCAGUUCCGGCGCGCGGGCGGGGACGGGUGGCAGUACCAGAUGUUGGCGCGGCGGGUGUUGACGGAGUUGAAGCUAUAG